GAUGAAGCACUCUGGAAAUGAAAACAACCUUACUUAGGGAGGAAGUAUCCUAAUAUGCCUCAGCCCUAGAUCUCAUUAUGACAGGAUCUACACCACAACCAGAGUACUCAGAGACUGACCGACAACCCUAUAUCUCCCAAGACUCUGUCUUGAAAGCUUAUGGUGGAGGCAUUUGUAUAAAAAGGACGUUCUUGAUUUCUGGGAGUCUGGUCCUACCAUUUUCAAUAACCAACAUCAUUUGGUCAGUUGUGAGAGGACAUCUGUAAGCUCCACCCAUGCUGACUAACUAUCAGCAAUGCAGUCACCCACCAUAUGAAUUUAUACAGACAAAUCUCAUUUUUCCUGGAGUUGGCCCCUUUCUCUUCUAUUAGUGUCGGCUAACCAAGGCCAGGCAAGUAAGCCCGCACCUCCACAAUGCUGCAAGAGGAAACCUUUAAGGCUAAAGAAAACAUUUUCAUGUGAGGGCUUGUAGGGAUGUUUUUCAUCUGGUCAGUAUCUCUUGACCCAACUGGGAUCAUGAUUUCCAUGUUAUUUGUUCAUUCAUUUCUAUUUAUAAAUCAGGCUUAUUCUAGUUGUACUCCAUGCUGACGGGAGAUGUCUCCUCUGUCUGGCAAACAGUUAUCCCUGUUGUAUAUGCAGUAUUUCUGACUGAAUUGACUCAACUUAUUGCUAGCUGAGGAUAACCAGUCUGUGGACAGCUUUGAUUGUAUGCCAGCUAAGUGCCAGACUGACUAUCAGCAUUAAACAAAAUCUCCGCCUCACCCCCUAACUGCUCCCCACUGCCCAGGCCAGAGAAAUUAUGACUUUUAAAAGUCUGAGAUUAAGACAGAGCAUUUGGUUUUAAACUAGAACCAGAAGAUGCUGAUUUGGGGGCCAUAGUUCCUGAUUGAAUAUAUAGUACUGAGUAGAAUAUUUCUUCCCUUCUACUUCAAAUGCCAGAGUGAGGCUCCUGAUCCACCAGUCUCUGAUUCUUGGAGUUCUCCCAGAGGUUGCAGGGUCCAAGCACCUGAUUACAGGCUAGAACUUUGGUUCUGGUCCAUAUUAGUCUCACCCUAACAUGUUUCAAAGUUGCUGUCCAAUUUGAAAAGGGAUUGGGUAUCUUUGUGCUAGAUUCUACAUUUGAAAAGCUGGAAUAGUUUUGGGGUGGGAGUAGAUCCUGGAAAUGCAGACCAACUCUUGCAGAGUGAUCAGGAGCAGAGGCAAGUGGCCAAUUCUAAGAGGCCUCCAGCGUUCCAGUGAAUGUACCAGUUGGGGAAUUUUUUUUUUUUAAUUUUGCGUUUCACAGAUCUGGUCACAUCUAAAACCAUAGCCCAAAAGUUCUCAGGAUUGCUGAUGACUAUAGAAGUUACAUGCAUAACAAUCUCUCCUUUGUAUUACUCUAGCAAGGGCAAGAAUUCAUUCUUCCUUCCUGAGCUCUUAAAUGGCCUCUGGCCAGUUUCUUCUGGUCAAGGGUCUGACUGACUAGGGUCACAAGAACAAUUAGUUUUGUAAAGAUUCUGGCCUUUCCCCAACAUGCUUGUUUUGGUGGGGUGGACAGGCACAGCUUGGAAGUUAUUGUUGUAUCCAUAGAAAUAAGUGAACCAUGCUUGUGAACCAUGAGGUUGCCAUAGAGAAGCUCAAGUGAGCAUACUUAAAACCAGGGCAGCUUUCCUUCAUGUUCCUGGAAGCCUUCCCCCUCUCCAUUGCUAGUCAUAAUGGCUCAGCCUGGUGAAACUCCAUCUUACACAGUGACUUACUGUCCUGCAUCUCCUCAGGGCUUUCAAAUGUCCACUGAGCUUACUUUGGGCUGAUUCAGGUACAAAAUUGGAAAUGGCGUCCCCAGAACCGAAGGGCCUUGUCCCCUUCACCAGGGAGUCUCUUGAACUUAUGAAACAGCAUAUUGCUAAAAAACACAAUGAGGAACAAAGAGAAGAUUUAAAGCCAAACACUGACUUGGAAGUUGGAAAAGAGCUUCCAUUUGUUUAUGGGAAUCUUCCUCAAGGAAUGGUGUCAGAGCCUUUGGAAGAUGUGGACCCCUACUACAAGAAUAAAAAUACUUUCAUAGUAUUAAAUAAAAAAAGAACAAUCUUCAGAUUCAGUGCCACUUGGUGUACAUUUUCUCCUUUCAGUUUAACUAGAAGAACAACUAUUAAGAUUUUGGUUCAUCCCUUUUUCCGACUGUUCAUAUUAAUUAGUGUCCUGAUUGACUGCAUAUUUAUGCCCAUGACUGAGUUGCCAAAAUGGGGCCCAGCAUUACAGAAUACUUUGCUUGGAAUUUACACAUUUGAAAUACUUAUAAAACUCAUUGCAAGAGGCAUCUGGGUAGAACCUUUUUAUUUCUUUGGUGAUCCAUGGAACUGGCUCGAUUUCAGUGUAACUUUGUUUGAGCAUGUAACAAGGUACUUACCUCUAAACUUCAUUCCAAUAUUUCGAAUUACAAGAAAUUUGAGAAUUUUGAAAAUUAUUCCUUUAAACCAAGGUCUGAAGUCUUUUGUAGGGAUCCUGACCCACUGCUUGAAGAAACUUACUGGUGUCAUUAUCCUAACUCUGUUUUUUCUGAGUGUAUUUUCUCUGAUUGGCAUGGGGCUCUUCAUGGGCAAUCUGAAGCAUAAGUGUUUGCGAUGGCCCCAAGAAAAUGAAACUGUAACCCUGCACAACAGAACUGAAAAUCCAUAUUAUAUUCGAGAAACAGAAAAUUUUUAUUAUUUGGAAGGAGAAAUAUAUGCUCUUCUUUGUGGCAACAGAACAGAUGCUGGUCAGUGUCCUGAAGGAUAUGUGUGUGUGAAAGCUGGCACAAAUCCUGAUUAUGGCUUCACAAAUUUUGACAGUUUUGGCUGGGCAUUACUUGCCCUGUUUCGGUUAAUGACGCAAGAUUACCCUGAAGCACUUUACCACCAGAUCCUGUAUGCUUCUGGGAAGGUCUACAUGAUAUUUUUUGUUGUGAUAAGCUUUUGGUUUGCUUUUUACAUAGCAAGUUUAUUCUUGGGCAUACUUGCUAUGUCCUGUGAAGAAGAAAAGCAGAAAGCUGCUGAAAAAGCUGAGAAGACUGAGCCACAAUUCCAGCAGACUUUAAAAGAACUUCAAGAAGGAGACAAAGCAGCCGAGACCAAGACCACACAAAUAGAAAUGAAGAAAAGAUCACCAACUUCUAUGAUCACUUCUUUUAAUAUGUUGGAUGAUUCUACUGCUACUGUGAGACAUGAAGAAGAACUUAAAAAAUCCAGGAAGAGACACCAAUUGUGUUUGUAUAGAUUUGCUAAAACUUUAUUGAUCUGGAAUUGUUCUCCCUGUUGGUUAAAAUUGAAAGAGUUUAUCCACAUGAUUAUAAUGGACCCAUUUACUGAUCUUGUCCUUACCAUAUGCAUAAUUCUAAAUGUGUGUUUUUUGGCCUUGGAAUGUUAUCCAAUGAGUGAAGAAACCACCAGUGUUCUCAGCAUUGGAAACCUGAUUUUUAUUGGAAUUUUCACAGCAGAAAUGAUUUUGAAAAUAAUUGCAAUGCAUCCAUAUGGGUAUUUUCAAGUAGGUUGGAACAUUUUUGAUAGCCUGAUUGUGUUCCAUGGUUUAGCAGAACUUUAUCUAGCCAAUGUUCCUGGAAUGGCUUUUUUAAAAAUAUUCAGAGUGUUGAGAAUUUUCAAGCUGGGAAAAUACUGGCCGACAUUUAGGAUUCUGAUGUUGAUUCUGAGUAACUCAUUGGUGGCCCUGAAAGGCUUGGUGCUGUUGUUGUUCACAUUCAUGUUCUUUUCUGCUGUGGUUGGCCUGAAACUGUUCGGUAGGAGUUACAAAGAAUGUGUCUGCAACAUAGACAAAGACUGUCAACUCCCACACUGGCACAUGCAUGACUUCUUCCACUCCUUCCUGAAUGUGCUCCGAAUUCUCUGUGGAGAGUGGAUAGAGACUUUAUGGGAUUGCCUUAAGGUUGCAGGCCAAUUUGGUUGCCUUCCUUUUUACAUGAUGGUCAUUUUAAUUGGAAACUUAUUGAUAAUUUACCUGUUUCUGGCAUUGGUGAGCUCCUUUAGUUCGUACAAGGCUCCAACAACUGAAGAGAAUGGUGAAGAACAAAAUCUCCAGAGUGCAAUGGCAAGGAUUAAGAAAGGAAUAAACUACGUGUUUCUUAAAAUAUCAUGCAAAAAACAAAACAUUUCAAAGGAGACAAUGGACAUUGUAAACAAUGUGUAUGUUAGAGAGAAUAUUUCUGACCCUACCCUUUCCGAUUUAAGCAAUACCCAAGAUUUCUUCAAGGAUAAGGAAAAAAGCAGUGGCACAGAGAAAAACACAAUGACUGGAAAUGAGAGUCAAUCACUUAUACCCAGUCCUAGUGUCUCAGAAACUGUACCAAUUGCUUCAGGAGAAUCUGAUAUAGAAAAUCUGGAUAAUAAGGAGUUUCAGAGCAAGUCAGGUGAUGGGAGCAGCAAAGAGAAGGUAAAGCAAUCUAGCUCGUCUGAAUGCAGCACAGUGGAUAUUGCUAUCUCCGAAGAAGAAACCGUCUGUGAACGUGAAAAGCCAAAGCAGCUUAAAAAUGGUUAUAGACGAAGAUCUUCACCUGGCCAAAUUAGUGGUGAAUCCAAGAAAGGAAGAAUUUGGCAGAACAUAAGGAAAACCUGCCGCAAGAUAGUGGAAAAUGGUUGUUUUAAGUGUUUCAUUGGCCUGGUCACUCUGCUCAGCACAGGUGCUCUGGCUUUUGAAGAUAUAUAUAUCGAUCAGAGAAAGACUAUUAAAAUCUUAUUAGAAUAUGCUGACAUGAUCUUCACUUACAUCUUCAUUCUGGAAAUGCUUCUAAAGUGGAUGGCAUAUGGUUUUAAAGCCUAUUUCACUGAUAGCUGGUAUAAGCUAGACUUCAUGGUUGUCAUUGUGUUUUGUCUUAGCUUAAUAGGCAAAUCUCGGGAAGAAUUCAAACCACUAAUUUCUGUUAAAUUCCUCCGGGCACUCAGAGUUCUAUCUCAAUUUGAAAGAAUGAAGGUGGUUGUGAGAGCUUUGAUAAAAACAACUUUACCUGCUUUGAAUGUGUUUCUGGUCUGCUUAAUGAUCUGGCUGGCUUUUAGCAUCAUAGGAGUGUACUUAUUUGCUGGCACGUUCUAUGAAUGCAUUGACCCAACAAGUGGAGAAAGGUUUCCUAUAUCUGAAGUCAUGAAUAAGAGUCAGUGUGAAAGCCUUGUGUUUAAUGAAUCCAUGCAAUGGGAGAAUGCAAAACUGAACUUUGAUAAUGUUGGAAAUGGUUUCCUUUCACUGCUUCAAGUAGCAACAUUUAAUGGAUGGAUCACCAUUAUGAAUUCAGCAGUUGAUUCUACUGGUGUAAAUAAGCAACCUAAUUUUGAAGACAACAUCUACAUGUCUUGUUACUUUAUCAGCUUUAUUGUUAUUGGAUUAUUUCUUCCUUUGAGUAUGCUGAUCGGUGUUAUUAUUGCUAAUUUCAACAAGCAUAAAAUAAAGCAGGGAGGCUCAAAUAUCUUUAUAACAGUGAAACAGAAGAGACAAUACCAUGCACUGAGGGGGCUGUUGCAUGAGGACUCUCAAAAAAUAAUACGUCGCCCAAGAAACAAGUUCCAAAGAUUCAUGUUUGACUUGGUAACAAGCCAAGUUUUUAAUGUCUUCAUUAUGGUUCUUAUCUGUUUCCAAGCAAUGACCAUUAUGAUACAAAGUGAUGAACAGAGUUCAGAAAUGGACACUGCUCUCUACUGGAUUACCUUAUUUCUUGUUAUGGUAUACACGGGAGAAUGUGUACUGAAGCUCAUCUCUUUUCGUUGUAACUAUUUCACCAUGGGAUGGAACAUUUUUGAUUUUAUGGUGGUUAUUUUCUCUAUUACAGGACUAUUUCUGCCUCUGAUGGUAGGAUACUACCUUGUGCCUCCUUCUGUUGUGCAACUGAUACUACUCUCACGGAUCAUCCACAUCCUACGUCCUGGGAAAGGACCAAAGGUGUUCCGUGACCUGCUGCUUCCUUUGAUGCUAUCUUUCCCAGCAUUGUUGAACAUCAGUCUUCUCAUCUUUCUGGUCAUGUUUGUCUACGCCAUCUUUGGAAUGUACAAUUUUGCCUAUGUUAAAAAGGAAUUUGGAAUUAAUGAUGUGGCCAACUUUGAAACCUUUGGCAGCAGUAUGCUCUGUCUUUUCCAAGUUACAAUAUUUGCUGGCUGGGAUGGGAUGCUCAAUGCAAUUUUCAACAGUAAAUGGUCAGACUGUGAUCCUGAUAAAAUUAACCCUGGGACUCAGGUUAGAGGAGAUUGUGGUAAUCCCUUUGUUGGGAUUAUUUAUUUUGUCAGUUACAUCUUCAUAUCAUGGAUGAUCAUUGUAAACAUGUACAUUAUUGCUGUCAUGGAAUUUUUAAAUAUUGCUUCUAAGAAAAAAGCCAAGACAUUAAGUGAAGAUGAUUUUAAGAAAUUCUUUCAGGUAUGGAAGAGGUUUGACCCUGAUAGGACCCAGUACAUAGACUCUAGCAAACUUUCAGAUCUUGCAGCUGCUCUUGACCCUCCUCUUUUUAUGGCAAAACCAAACAAGGGCCAGCUCAUUGCCAUGGAUCUUCCCAUGGCUGCUGGGGACAGAAUUCAUUGCCUUGACAUCUUACUUGCUUUAACUAAACGAGUUAUGGGUACAGAUGUGAGGAUGGAGAAAGUUAUUUCAGAGAUGGAAUCAGGGUUUGCAUUAGCCAACCCUUUUAAGAUCACGUAUGAACCAAUUACAACUACUCUGAAACGAAAACAAGAGGCAGUCUCAGCAACCAUAAUCCAGCGUGCUUAUAAAAAUUACCGCUUGAGGCGAAAUGACAAAAAUACAUCAGACAUUCAUAUGAUAGAUGAUGACAAGGAAGUUCAAGCUACCACAGAAAAUGCUUAUUUUGACAAAGCUGAAGAAAAGUUAACUAUUCAAAGCCAAAUCUAAUCCCACUUGCCACCUUUUUUCACCUUUUUCACAUAUUCUAAAAAUGUUAGAAGUUUGAAUCAGAAAUAAAAAUGAAGAUCAGAGAAGUAAAGAUUUUACUUAAUAAUCAAUUGUUUACAACCCAUGGAAGUUAAGCUUGUGCUCACAAGACUCCAUGUCAAGUUGACUUUCACCUUUGUAUACUGAGUCUAACCAAGAUAAGCCCUUAGAAUCACUUUAGUGAGUUAAAUGGGUUAAAUUUGCAAUUUGAUAAUCCAAUGCUUGUUUUCUCUAUCUGGCUUUUAUGGUGUGUGUUUCAUCUAGAGGACUGAGGAAGUGAUGGUAGAGAUGAGUAGCUUUCUUGUAUACUUUAUGUCUACUUUAACUUGAUGGGAUUCAAAUCAUCAUUAAGAGGACUUAGUUACAAAUAAACAAUUACUUUCUUAAUGUCGGGUAGUGUUAAUAAAAACACAGUGCUGCAAGCUGUUAAAUCAUAAACUUGCCAGACAGAUGUCAACUGGGGAAGAGAAAGGACAGGUCUUAGAAAGUGCCUUUGAGAUCAACCACAGAUAGUCUUGGGCUGAUUCAAGCCACUUUGGUUAACUGGAGCCUUGGUUUUUGUUUUUGUUUUUGUUUUUGUUUUUGUUUUGGUUUUUGUUCUUCCUUCCUUCCUUCCUUCCUUCCUCUCUUUCUUUCUUUCUUUCUUUCUUUCGGUACUAGGAAUUAAUAUUGCUUAAUUGUUUUUGGAUUCCUGGUUUUUCAUCUUUUUGGCUACUUCUACCUAAGCUCUAGUUCUUCAACAGAAUGGAUUCAUAGAAUAAGAAGUGCAAAGGGAACUAUAGUUAUGGCCUACAUUUUUCUCAUUUUUUUCUCAUUUAUGUUUUUUAAAAAGUAUACAUUUACUAAAACGAUACAAUAUAGAAACUGUUAGUAGAUUCAUAUCUGUCAUAACACUGAUGUAUUUUUACCAUUUAGCCAUAAUGCAACAUUGAGUAGUAAGAGCUGGCAAAUGAAAGUCAUAAUAUGAAUUCGAAGGGUCGGGGUUACCAUUAUGUGUAAGGAUUUUUGCAGUGUCUUGAUCUUUAAUUGGGAAACUGUGGCCACUUUGAAAUACUUUUCACUGACUUUAUGGUUCCCUAUAACUUAGAGAAAGACAGCAAUCACUGAAACUGUGAGGACUCUGAAUAGAUUAAAGUGUAAGUUUGUUGUUGGUGGUGUUGUAUAACAUUAGCGUAUGCAGAUUAGUUUUUACUUUGUCAUUUAUCUUUCCAGGUUUUUUUUUGCUGUUUUUAAUCUUAUCACACAUUCUGUAAAAUGUUUUUAUAUUUGAAAAGCUUGAAAAUCCUAAGUAUUAAUUUUCACAGUUGAAAUUAUCUUUAAAAGAUAGACACAAAUAGUUGGUCUUUGACAUAA